ACAAUAUGCAUCAGAUAAUAUGCUAACGAUUUACGCGCGCAUAAGUAACAAGUCUCUAACGUUCAUUUCAAUUACGUACUUCCAAGUGUACGCAACAGGAAAUAGUAAUUAGAAAAUAAUGGCUAUUUGUGGACGAAUUUAUUUAAAAAACUUCACACACAUUCAUGUAAUUUUACAAAGGAAUCAAAUACUUUACAGGUCAAUCUACAACACUUCAUCAACUAACAUACUGAACAUCGAAAUGGAGACAGAAAAAAAAGCAUUUUGCCAAGAAUUACCCAAAAUUAUAAAUUCACUGAAAGAGAAUCCGAAGUUUCUUGAAAUGCCAGAAGUGGGAAACUGGAUACAAAAGAUGUUGCAGUACAAUUUGGUUGGAGGAAAAAAUGCUAGAGGAUUAACAACGGUGAUAUCUUAUAAAAUGAUAGAAAAAGAGAACAAAAUAACUGACGAAUCGUUAAGAUUAGCCCGAACUCUUGGCUGGUGCGUAGAAAUGUUUCAGGCGUAUUGCGUAAUUUUGGACGACAUAAUGGACGGGUCCACUACACGUCGAGGGAUGCCAUGUUGGUACUGCAAGCCUGAUGUCGGCCUUGCAUGUGCCAUUAACGACUCUAUUAUAGUCUACAGCACUUUAUUUCAAGUGUUAAAAGACAAUUUCAUGAUGUCACCUAAUUAUGUUAACAUGUUCCAGUUAUUCAAUGAAACAUUGUGGUUCACCGCUCUUGGCCAGCAUUUAGACUAUAUUACAGCCCAACGCAAGCAGUACAACUUAUUCACACUUGACCGUUACUACACAAUGAUAAAACAUAAGGCAUCAUACUACACGUAUUAUUUGCCCGUAUCACUCGGCCUCCUCCUUGUGGAGAGUGUAGAGAAAGAAAUGUUUAAGCAAGCACAUAAUAUAUGUUUAGAGAUUGGAAAACUCUUUCAAAUACAAGACGAUUAUAUAGACUGCUUUGGCGAUGAAUCUGUUACGGGUAAAGCGGGGACAGACAUCCAAGAAGGUAAAUGCACUUGGCUGGCAGUAAACGCGUUGUUGCGAUGUAACGAAGCUCAGUGCAUUGUCUUUAAAUCUUGCUAUGGAAGCAAAGAGCCGGCUCACGUUGAACGUAUCAAACAACUUUAUGUUCAAUUACGCCUGCCAGAAAUAUACCAGGAGCGAGAAAACUCUUUGUAUAAAGACAUUUUGGAACUUACUACGAAAAUCCCAGACCCAGCAUCUCAAAAACUAUACCGCUAUAUUCUUAACACAACUUAUAAGCGUAAACAAUAAAUUAGAGUAUGUAGUAGGUAUAUAUGUAUGUACCAAUAUCUUUGUAAUUAUGUAUUAAGUAAGUGUAGUAAAUAAUUGAUUAAAUUCCGGAAAGCUUUGGUCAUAUUAUCAAUUACUUGUAUAUAUGUUGGUACUAAGUACAAGUUAUUUCACGCUAUUUUUAUAUAUGCGUUACAGUUUUGACCUUUUAAGAAAUAAACUGCGAUAGUAGA